CAAAAAAUAAACAAAAACAUUGAAACUCUCUGCUGUGCUUGAUAUGGGCCUGGAAAUCGUACUCCUUGCCAAGCACACAACAUAAAUCUAGAGUCUAAAACAAGAAAGUUCGUGAACGGAAAAUAAAAAACAUACAAAAUGGAUAGCAGCAAAUUGUUAAAGAACGUCUAUGGAAUCGACAUCCGUUUCGAAGAUCUCGUCUACCAGGUCAACGUGCCCAGACAACACGAAAAGAAGUCUGUGCUGAAGGGCAUCGCAGGAACAUUCAAAUCUGGCGAACUGACAGCCAUCAUGGGACCCUCGGGUGCCGGCAAAUCUAGUCUAAUGAACAUCCUGACGGGCCUCACAAAGUCUGGCGUCAGCGGGAAGAUAGAGAUUGGCAAGGCACGGAAGCUGUGCGGCUAUAUCAUGCAGGAUGACCAUUUCUUUCCCUACUUCACUGUGGAGGAGACAAUGCUCAUGGCGGCCACACUUAAAAUCUCCAACAAAUGCGUCAGUAUGAAGGAGAAGCGAACACUGAUUGAUUAUUUGCUGAACUCGCUAAAGCUGACAAAAACGCGGCAAACAAAGUGCUCCAAUCUGAGUGGCGGACAGAAGAAGCGUCUAUCAAUUGCCCUGGAGCUGAUAGACAAUCCAGCAGUUCUAUUUUUAGACGAGCCCACAACGGGCCUGGAUAGUUCAUCCUCCUUCGACACGAUCCAACUGCUGCGAGGCCUGGCAAACGAGGGGCGCACCAUUGUGUGCACGAUCCACCAGCCUUCGACGAACAUCUACAAUCUCUUCAACCUGAUCUACGUGCUCAGCGCCGGUCGAUGCACCUACCAGGGCACGCCCCAGAACACUGUCAUGUUUCUGAGCAGCGUAGGACUGGAGUGCCCGCCCUACCACAAUCCCGCCGACUUCCUGCUGGAAUGCGUCAACGGUGACUACGAUGAUCACACCGAGGCUCUAGCGGAAAGUGCCAAGAACAAACGUUGGCGCUACGAUCAGCAGCUGAUGCAGGGCGAGUCAGCGGAGCCGCCCAGCGAGGCUCAACUUGCCAAGUUCAAUGAGUCACAGUCGCCCGGGCAUGUGCAGAAGGUUGAGAUACAAAGCCUGGACUCCUCCAAGGAGCUAACACGGCACACAUUCCCGCCAGCGGAAUGGAUGCGGCUGUGGCUGCUCAUUGGACGCUGCCAUAUGCAGUUCUUCAGGGAUUGGACACUCACAUACCUCAAACUUGGAGUGCACAUAAUCUGCGCUGUAUUGGUUGGCCUUAUCUUUGGCGACUCUGGCAGCAAUGCCACCAAACAAAUCUCGAAUGUGGGCAUGAUUAUGAUCCACUGCGUUUAUCUCUGGUACACCACCAUUAUGCCGGGAAUACUGCGAUAUCCAUCCGAGAUAGAGAUCAUCAAGAAGGAAACCUUUAACAACUGGUACAAGCUGCGAACCUAUUACCUUGCCACCAUAAUCACUUCCACACCAGUUCAUAUCAUCUUCUCCACGGUAUAUAUCACGAUAGGAUACCUCAUGACCGAACAGCCCGUCGAGAUGGAUCGAUUUGUGAAAUAUCUGCUCUCAGCCGUGGUGGUUACCAUCUGCGCCGACGGCUUGGGCGUGUUUCUGGGCACCGUGCUGAAUCCAGUUAAUGGAACGUUUGUUGGUGCCGUUUCCACGUGCUUCAUGCUGAUGUUCUCCGGUUUCCUCAUUUUGCUGAACCACAUUCCGGCUGCGAUGCGGGUUGUCGCUUCAUUAUCACCGUUACGUUAUGCCUUGGAGAAUAUGGUCAUAGCGCUUUAUGGCAACCAUCGAGAACAGCUGAUCUGUCCGCCCACGGAGUUUUACUGCCACUUCAAAAACGCCGUUACUGUGCUGCGUCAGUUUGGAAUGGAGCAGGGCGACUUUGGCUACAACAUCAUGAUGAUUCUUGGCCAAAUAACGCUGUUCAAGGUGUUGGCCUACUUCACGCUGAGGCACAAAAUCAAAAGGAUUUAAACUGGGACUACUUCAUAGUGUAUGCUUGUAGUAUUGGGCUUAAUAUGGGCUUAAUCGAAUGUGAUUUUAUGUUACUUAUCGCUUAGUUGCAAAUAAACCCAACUCUUUAA